AUCUCAUCCUUUUAGGGAAUAGAGAAUAUGAAUCUGCUGAAUGAGUACAAGUCAAAAGAGCUGCGGUACCUUCCCCUCAACUUUACACACUGACGCUAGGGAAAGAGAGCGAGACCUGAUGCACAGGCACCGGGGAGCAGGGAUGUAAUUACGGGAAGGUGUUGAUGAGAAUAUCGCGCAGAGGAAACGCUUUAGAAGGGCUGUAGAGCCGGAAGAAGGUACUGAAGGGAUGGCGGAUGUGCUGGAGAAUGGUGGCUCUGUGGACUGGCAAAAGCGUUGCGUAGCCCUGGAGACUCAGCUGCUGAAGUUCCGGCUGCAGGCUGGCAAGAUCAGGGAGCUGCUGGCAGAGAGGAUGCAGGAGUUGGAGCUGAGAGUUACAGAUGCAGACCAGCGAGCAGAGAAGGCUGAGAAGCAGGUACAUGUAAUGAAAGAAAAACUGAAGUCUGCAAACGUGCAGCCCAGCGAAUCGGAGAACUCCUUGUUCAGGCGGUACCAAGAGCUGUCCAGUCAGGCACAAGACAAGGAAGAGGUGAUUCAGAGGCUGGAGGUGCAGUUGGAAAAGCAGAACCAUCAGAGAGCACAGGAAGCAAAAAUCAUUGAAGAAAAAGCAGCGAAAAUAAAGGAAUGGGUGACCUUCAAAAUACGAGAGCUUGAAAUUGAAAACCACCAGCUAAAGCUUUCCAACUUAAAGCAAUCUGAACAGAUCCAGGUUCUGCAGGACAAAAUUCAAGUGCUGCUGGAAAGUCCUGGGUCAACACUAGGGACAGGAUCACCCCCACAUGACAAUCCAGCCGGGGUCACAGUCCUCUCCAGUCUGGUCUACUCCCCAGGUAGCCCCACAAGCCCCACAGCUGUUGAGGAGGGCAGGUGGCAGCAUUCAGCACGCUUUUUGCCGUCACCAACUCUAAACAUCCAAGAUUUGAAGAAAAAGGGGGCAGAAGUGUGUGAAUCUCAACAGAGCUGCCCUACUUCACCUCUUGUCCUGGAGGGCUCUUCAACCUAUGAAUACCAUGACCCCCUCUCCAAGUCUCCAUGUUCUGUGAGAAAGCAGACCAGCCCAGUUGCCAUGGUCACAGCAGAAAAUGAGGUUCUGGUCAUGGCCAAAGAUGUCCAAGCAUCAAGCCCUGGAUUACCAAAGUCUGGUUCUCUCAGUCCUUGUUCCUCCCUUGAGCUAGUCGCAAGGGGUUUUAGACCAGAGUUGCCAGAAGGUUUGAUCCCAGAGGUGCAGCAGCAGUUGGAGGUUGUCCAUGAUGUUCACAGCCGCCCAGAGAAGAGAUGUGUGAACCGAUGCUUGGAGCGCGGCAAUUCCUCUGAUAAACUGAACAACAAGUUCUGCUCGCAGUGCCUCCACUGCUCUUCAUCACCCAGCGAGACCAACAUGCCAAGCCUCAUCGUCCUUCCAGCCCUCGCCCCCAAACACUCUAUCCCUUCCCUGCAACUCGCUUUCCCCUCUGCUGCUCCCUCUGGGACCAGCAUGACCUUGCCAAAGGUGAGGACACCACUCGCACCCAGGGACAGCAUCCAGUUGGCCAAAAAGCACUAUAGCCAGCCACAGCCAGGGGCUGACCGCCUACAUCAUAUCAAUGUCAGCAUUGACAUCAGCUCCUUCAAGCCAAUCGUCUUGCCCCCACAGUGCACCCUAGAGGUGGAGGAGACUGACAUUGACGAGGUUCCUGAUAAAAUGGACAUGGAUAAUUGUGAGGAGGGGCUGAGGGAGGAAAGGAUCUCCUUCAUCCCACACCCAGAGGAGCUGGUGUUCUUCGAUGAGGACGUAAAGCCACCCACUCCUCCUCUGCACAGGUUCCCAUCUUGGGAGAGUCGGAUCUAUGCUGUUGCAAAGUCUGGGAUGAGGCUGUCUGAGGUGGCUUCCGGAACGGGAUCUUCCAGUAGAGUUUCCAAUUUGCCACUGUAUCCAGCCGCAGGCCCCUUCACCCACCUCAUCUACAAGAACGUCACCGUGCCUGUGUACACCACACUCAAAGGGAAGGCGACUCAGAUCAGCAACAUCCCCUUCCCAGACGAGUCCUCGGGCUCUGAGGAUGACACCAGCUCUCUGGCCAGCCUCCGUACCUCCACCCUUGGACCCGAAACAAAAAAGAGCAGCACGCCGGGCAGCCCACGGGCCACCAAGAGAGGGGUGUCCAUGUCCUCGGUGAGCUCAGAGAGUGACUAUGCUAUCCCCCCGGAUGCCUAUUCUAUCGACAGCAAUUACUCUGAACCAGAACACAAACUGCUGCGGACUUCCACCUACUCCUGCGAGAGUAACACUGCCGAGCCCCUGGAGAAAUCUGGCUACUUGUUAAAAAUGGGUAGCCAGGUAAAAGCGUGGAAACGGCGCUGGUUCAUUCUGAGGAAUGGAGAAAUCUGGUACUACAAAUCCCCAAGUGAUGUCAUCCGCAAGCCCCAGGGGCAGAUUGAGCUCAGUUCAUCCUGUCGUAUCGCUCGUGGUGAAGGGGCACAAACCUUCCAGCUCAUUACAGAAAAGAAGACCUAUUACCUGACAGCUGACUCCCCCAACAUUCUGGAAGAGUGGAUCCGCGUUCUACAAAACAUCCUCAAGGUGCAGGCUGCCAGCCUCGUUGUCACGGAGACCACCGCCAAGCCCACAGUCAGAGGCUGGCUCACCAAAGUCAAACACGGCCACUCCAAACUGGUUUGGUGUUCUUUAAUUGGGAAGGUGUUCUACUAUUACCGCAAUCAGGAUGACAAGUUCCCGCUGGGUCAGCUGCGUGUGCACGAGGCGAGGGUGCAGGAGGUGGACCGCUCCUGCGACUCGGAUGAGGACUACGAGGCGGGAGGGAGGGGCUUCCUGUCCUCCCACUGCACCCUGGUUAUCUACCCCAAGGAGCAAAGCCCCACCUACCUGCUCAUUGGGACCAAACAGGAGAGGGACACAUGGUUGUACCACCUGACUGUGGCAGCUGGCAGUAGUGGCGGAUCUAAAGUGGGCACAGAGUACGAGCAACUGAUUGGCAAACUGCUGGACCAGGAAGGGGAUCCACAUUCCCCCUUGUGGACUCAUCUCAUGCUAUGCUACAGUAAAGAUGGACUCCUCUCUCCCCUUACCACCCUGCCUUCACAGGCUCUGCAGACUGAGGCACUCAAGCUCUUCAAGUCAUGCCAGCUUUUCAUCAAUGUCCUGGUUGAGUCUUCAUCCAUCGACUACCACAUGUCUCUGGCCCAGAAUGCUUUGCAGGUGUGCCUAACCCACCCCGAGCUACAGAACGAGAUCUACUGUCAGCUGAUUAAACAAACCUGCUGCAGGCAACCACACAACUACUCCCUCAUCCAGUGCUGGCAGCUGCUGUCCCUUUGUGUCACCCUCUUCUUGCCUCAGCAUCGUUUCCUCUGGUACCUGAAACUGUACCUGCAGCGGCACGCAGACCCCAGAAAUGAAGUUGGCAAGUACAUCAUUUACUGUCAAAGAUCAGUAGAGCGCACGCUUCAGAAUGGAGAUCGGGAGGCUAAACCAUCCCGCAUGGAGAUCAUGUCUAUCCUGCUGCGAAACCCCUACCACCACUCCCUGCCAUUCAGCAUCCCUGUGCACUUCAUGAACGGGACCUACCAGGUGGUAGGCUUUGACGGCUCCACGACUGUGGAUGAGUUCCUAAACACACUUAACCAGGAAACCGGAAUGAGGAAGCCUGUGCUUUCAGGAUUUGCACUUUUCACAGACGAUCCUUCAGGGAAGGAUUUGGAACACUGCCUACAGGGAAAUGUCAAGAUUUGUGAUGUUAUUUCAAAAUGGGAACAGUCGUUAAAAGAACUACAUCCUGGGAAGUAUGAAGGGACCAGAAUCAUUCGCCUGACUUACAAGAGCAGGAUGUGCUUCAGAGCACAAGCAAAGAGGGAGACAGAGAGAGAGCGCCUCCUGCUGGCGUAUCAGAUCAAUGACGACGUGGUGCAUGGGAGGUUUCCCGUCAAUAAAGAGCUGGCAUUGGAAGUUGCAGCCCUGAUGGCACAGGUGGAGUACGGAGAUUUAGACCGGCCGGUUGCUUCCAGCCCCGGCGGGACUUCACAGGCCAAGAUGCAGCUGCUUCUCCUGCAGGCCCUAGGAAAAUUCUACCCAAAACGCUACAAGCAAGACUCCACCCCUGAGCAACUCCGACGGCUUGCUGACAGGGUUGCGACUAAAUGGAUGGUAUUGCGUGGUUGCAGUGCGGCGGAGUGUGUGCGCAUUUAUUUGACAGUUGCACGAAAGUGGUCUUUAUUUGGAGCCAAACUCUUCACUGUGAAGCCAGUCCCCCCUUCCCCCCUGGAUGGGACUAUGACAUGGCUGGCUGUCAGUGAGGAUGGAGUCAGUGUGCUGGAGUACAACACAAUGCGCCUGGUGAUGACGUACCCUUAUCAGUCAGUGAUGACGUUUGGCGGUUGCUGUGAUGAUUUCAUGAUUGUGGUCAGCCAGCCUAAGGACACAAGCUCUGGAAAGCGAACUGUUGAAAAACUGGUCUUUGCUAUGGCGAAACCGAAGAUCCUUGAGAUAACUCUGUUGAUCGCCAGCUACAUCAACUACUGGACCAACAAUCUCCUCUCGUCUUGCCCACACUCUCCCAGCCCCGGCUCCCACCUUGGCACCAUGUCCGAGAAGCUCUGGGAUAUAGAUAGCAGGCACUUCCCAUCUAUGACUCGCACCACCAAGGGACCCACUCUUCUCUAAGAUGAAUGUGCAAGUUCUUAUAUUAGUGCUAGAGACUUGUGUUGCGCUGGAAAUGACAAAGGUUCAUAAGGUAAAACUGUCAAAGUUCAUCAAAUGCCUUCAUCUGUGUCAAGUUUCAGUGUCACUCAACGGGAUCUUGAUGAAUCACCACAAAAUUUAAACUUGAGUUCUGCGAGAACCAAGGAGAUGAUCCAUUUUACAAACUACUUUCACCCUCUGGAUUCUACUGUUUCACUGGCAACCCUAAUCUGGGUACAUCUGAAGUAGCACAAUGAAAAAAAAUCAAAGACAAAGACAAAUUAAAUUGAAAUUACUACCUGAAGGAUUAAGAGUCAGGCAGCAAGCCCAAUCCCUCCACUGAGUGGUAAAGGAUACUGAGUGGAGCAAAAAGGGGCAAACAUUUCUUUAAACCCCAAGUCAUACACAGUGAAUCAGUGUUUGUCUUAUUGAAGUGUGUCUGACGUGUGGAUUGUUUCCAUUAAUUCAAUUUAGUUGUAGUUUCAUUGGGUAACCUUUGGAGUAUGCAGAUAGAUUACUAUGAGUCUUCAUUGAUAUUGACUAUAGAGGUCACUCAUAUGCAAUUGAAGUUACCAUGUUUUUCAUGGUAGCAUGUCAAUGUCCUCAUAAACCCUUCAUACCUUACUUUCUAUCAGAAUACUGUACAUUUACUUAGUUGCCCACUUGGGUAGCAUUUAACAGCAUUGGACCAAAUUAGACAAAUUAACCAU